UUGUUUUUCUUCUUCUUAAAUAGUAAAUCUGUAACAUCAUGGGCACAAAAACUGAAGCAGAACCAACCAAAGAGAGCACAUGUAGAAGAUGGAGGUUCAAGAUCUAAACAAGGAAAUGAGCAAAGCAAGAAGACACCAAUUGAGAAAUCUGAUUUUGCUGCUGCUACACAUCCUCGUGCUUUUUACCUCAGUAAACCAGAUGAAACUCCAAAUGCUUGGAUGUCUGAUUCAGGAACAGGAUUGACUUACUGGAAACUAGAGGAAAAGGAUACAUACCACUCUUUGCCUGAAACUUUAGAGAAGACGUUUGUAUCAUUGCCUUCCACAGAUGUGUCACCAAACCAGUCUAAUACUAGUAAUGAGAUGAAGCUACCGUCACUGAAGGAUAUUUAUUAUAAAAAACAAAGGGAAAACAAGCAGUUACCUGAGAGGAAUCUCACUUCUGCUUCCAACCCAAAUCAUCCACCAGAGGUCCUGACUCUAGAUCCUACAUUACACAUGAAGCCAAAGCAGCAGAUUUCAGGGAUUCAACUCCACAGCCUUCCGAAUGCCCUGGAUGACAGAAUAUCCUUUUCUCCGGACUCUGUUCUAGAGCCUAGCAUGUCUAGUCCCUCUGACAUAGACUCAUUUUCACAAGCAAGUAAUGUCACUUCUCAGUUACCUGAAUUCCCAAAAUAUCCUUCACACACAAAAGCUUCUCCUGUGGACUCUUGGAAAAAUCAGACAUUCCAAAAUGAAAGUAGGACCAGUUCCACGUUUCCGUCAGUAUAUACCAUUGCUAGUAAUGAUAUCUCGGUCAACACUGUAGAUGAAGAAAACACUGUCAUGGUCGCUUCGGCCUCAGUCAGUCAGUCCCAGCUUCCAGGUACAGCCAACAGUGUCCCAGAAUGCAUUUCACUGACUUCCUUGGAAGAUCCUGUGAUAUUGUCUAAGAUUAGGCAAAACCUGAAGGAAAAGCAUGCUCGACACAUAGCAGAUCUUCGAGCUUAUUAUGAAUCAGAAAUAAAUAGUUUGAAGCAGAAGCUGGAGGCAAAAGAAAUCUCUGCAGAUGAAGAUUGGAAAAUAACCAAUCAAAUUCUUGUAGACAGAUGUGGCCAGUUAGAUAGUGCUCUGCAUGAAGCUACUAGUCGCGUAAGAACACUUGAAAAUAAGAAUAACUUACUGGAAAUUGAAGUGAAUGAUUUGAGAGAACGCUUCAGUGCAGCCAGUGGUGCUUCCAAAAUUUUGCAGGAACGAAUUGAGGAAAUGAGAACAAGCAGUAAAGAAAAGGACAAUACCAUCCUUCGACUAAAAUCUAGACUGCAGGAUUUAGAAGAAGCAUUUGAGAAUGCUUACAAACUCUCAGAUGAUAAAGAAGCAAGACUAAAACAAGAGAACAAAAUGUUUCAAGACCUUUUAGGAGAGUAUGAGUCACUGUGCCUGGCCUUUUUUCUUUUAUUUCCACAGGAUGCAUUAAAUACAACCGAGAACAAAUUGCUUGAUGCAUAUACUCAGAUUUCUGAUUUAAAAAGAAUGAUUUCAAAACUUGAAGCUCAGGUCAAGCAAGUAGAACAUGAAAAUAUGUUAAGCCUUCGUCAUAAUUCUAGAACUCACGUGAGACCCUUGCGUGCCAACACACUAGCAACUUCAGACGUCAGCAGGCGGAAGUGGCUGAUUCCAGGUGCAGAGUACUCCAUCUUUACUGGCCAACCUUUGGAUACCCAGGACAGUAACGUGGAUAACCAGCUGGAGAAAACCUGUAGCCCUGGGUACCAUUCACCUCCGGAAAAGGAUUCUUCACCUGGAAGUUCAUCAACAAGCUUGUUGAUAAAAAAGCAAAGAGAGACUUCAGACAUGCCUAUCAUGAGAGCUUUGAAAGAAGUUGAUGAAGGAAAAAUAUUUAAAAAUUGGGGGACACAGACAGAGAAAGAGGACACCUCAAAUAAAUUAGCAAAUCCUCGGCAAACUGAAAGUUCAGUCUUUGCAAGUCGUUCUCCAGAAAAGUGUGCCCAACAGAGACAAAAGAGACUUAAUUCAGCCUCACAGAGAUCAUCAUCUUUACCACCUUCAAAUCGUAAAUCAAGUACUCCAACAAAAAGAGAGAUUAUGCUAACACCAGUGACUGUGGCUUAUAGUCCAAAGCGAUCCCCUAAAGAAAACUUGUCCCCAGGAUUUAGUCAUCUGCUUAGCAAAAAUGAAAGCAGUCCAAUUCGAUUUGAUAUACUUUUGGAUGAUUUAGAUACUGUUCCUGUGUCAACAUUACAACGUACCAAUCCAAGAAAGCAACUCCAGUUUCUUCCUCUAGAUGACUCGGAAGAAAAAACAUAUUCUGAGAAAGCCACCGAUAACCAUGUUAAUCAUAGCUUUUGCCCUGAACCGUUGCCAAAUGGAGUGAAGAAAGUAUCUGUGAGAACUGCCUGGGAGAAGAAUAAAUCAGUUAGCUAUGAACAGUGUAAGCCGGUUUCAGUAACUCCACAGGGGAAUGAGUUUGAAUAUACCGCAAAAAUUAGGACCCUAGCUGAAACAGAACGAUUUUUUGAUGAACUUACAAAAGAAAAGGACCAGAUUGAGGCAGCACUAAGCAGGAUGCCUUCUCCUGGAGGACGAAUCACUUUACAGACAAGAUUAAAUCAGGAAGCCUUGGAAGAUCGUUUGGAAAAGAUUAACCGAGAACUGGGCUCAGUUCGCAUGACGCUAAAGAAAUUCCAUGUUUUGCGCACCUCUGCAAACCUUUGAGAUUUGUAGCCAUUAAAUUUUGAGAUGUUUUUGUUUGCACUAAUGUAUAAUUAUGCGGUCAGAAAAGGCAAACUAUUUUGUACUGUUUAUAGGCCUUCAAACAGUAGUUUUACAAUCAUGCUAUUCUUACACUUGCUAUUUUAUACUUCAAAUGGCCACAUAUUUUCAAGAUAUUUUUGUUAUGCUCAGGAAUCUCUUGUAUAUUUUACUAUUUAAAAAGUAUUAUUUUUAAAUAGUAUAUGUCUCCAAUUUAUAUCAAUAAGAAAAUGUAAGUGGGGAGGCAGCUUGUUUCUAAACAAAUAGUGUUAUCCUUUUACAAUUAACUUUGCACACCAAUUUUAUAAACUUGUUCUACAUUGUAAAUACGAUUCAUUUUUAAAAAAAUAAAGCUUAAGGGCU